GAGAGAGAGAGAGUGAGUGAGUGAGUGAGUGAAUUCCAGAUUUUCUGUCUUUCCCAAACCCGCUCCUGUCCUCUUGCAUAUCACUCACAGACUGGGAUCUGACAGCAGCGACAAACCUACAGUGAGUGAUCUCUCCCCAGCCCGAAUCCGCCAUCAAGAUCAGGGACAAGGAGGAGGAGGAAGAAGAGGAAGAGGAGGAGGAAGAGGUGGAGGAGAAGGAGGAGGAGGAGAAGGAGGAGGUGGAGGAAGAGGAGGAAGAGGAGGAGGAGGGAAAGAGAAGGAAGAAGAAAAAGAAGAGACCCACUGUCUUCCCGGGAUUGUUUUCCCCCCUUAUCUUUACGCGCUAGUGUGCGCGUGGCGCGUGUGCGCCCCUCGUCCCUGCCAUCUGAACCCCGUCUUGGAUGUUUAAUAAAGAAAUCAAGUGUCUCACCAGUCACCAAAAAAAACAGCAAAAAGCAAAACCAAAAAGAGAAAAAAAAAAUCCAAAAGCAAAAACAAAAAGAGAGAGAGGGGGAAAAAACCAAACAAACAAACAAGGCAGAACCAACCUCCACUUGCAAGCAGCAGGCGCAAACCGCUUAUCUGCCACCCAGAGAGGGGGUCUCCGGCCCCGCGCUGGAGCGCUGGCAGGGGGAUCGUCAGGGGGACAGAGGCCGAGUGACGUCCUAGGAGCCACAGAAAGACGAGCGAGACUGCGGCCCCCGCGCGCGGCUCGGGGCUGGGGCGCCAGAAGUGAGACUGGAGCUAAGUAGAGCGAUGCCAAGGAGGAAACAGCAGGCACCCAAGCGGGCUGCAGGCUAUGCCCAGGAGGAAGUUCUGAGGGAAGAGGAGGAAAUAAAGGAGGAAGAGGAGGAGGAGGAAGACAGUGGUUUGGUGGCUCAGCAUCAGGGCAGUAAUGACACGGGGACAGAUGAGGAACUAGAAACAGUCCCGGAGCAGAAAGGCUACUUCAGCUGCCAGAACUCGCCAGGGAGCCACCUGUCCAACCAGGACGCGGAAAAUGAAUCUCUUCUGAGUGAUGCCAGCGACCAGGUGUCAGACAUCAAGAGCAUCUGUGGCCGAGAUGUCUCGGACAAGAAAGCAAACGCUCACCCCAAGCUUCCGAGCGAACCCCAUAACUGCAUGGAUAAAAUGACAGCCGUCUAUGCCAAUAUCCUGUCAGAUUCCUACUGGUCAGGCCUGGGCCUCGGCUUCAAAUUAUCCAACAGCGAGAGACGGAAUUGUGACACCCGCAAUGGCAGCAGCAAGAAUGAUUUUGAUUGGCACCAAGAUGCCCUGUCCAAAAGCCUCCAGCAGAACUUGCCUUCCCGGUCUGUCUCUAAGCCCAGCCUAUUCAGCUCCGUGCAGCUGUACCGGCAGAGCAGUAAGAUGUGCGGCUCCGUGUUCACCGGGGCCAGCAGGUUCCGCUGCAGACAGUGCAGCGCGGCCUAUGACACUCUGGUGGAGCUGACCGUGCACAUGAAUGAGACAGGCCACUAUCAAGAUGACAACCGCAAAAAAGAUAAGCUCCGACCCACGAGCUACUCAAAGCCCCGGAAAAGGGCCUUCCAGGACAUGGACAAAGAGGACGCACAGAAGGUUCUGAAAUGUAUGUUUUGCGGCGACUCCUUUGAUUCCCUGCAAGACCUCAGCGUCCACAUGAUAAAGACAAAACAUUACCAAAAAGUGCCUUUGAAGGAACCGGUACCAACCAUUUCCUCUAAAAUGGUCACACCAGCCAAGAAGCGUGUUUUCGACAUCAACAGGCCUUGCUCCCCGGACUCCACCACGGGGACACAGGCAGAAUCGUUUUCUUCCCAGAAAAACCCCAACCUGCAGCUGCCCUCCAACAGCCGCUACGGCUACCAAAACGGAGCCAGCUACACCUGGCAGUUCGAGGCCUGCAAGUCGCAGAUCUUAAAGUGUAUGGAGUGUGGCAGUUCCCAUGACACCUUGCAGCAGCUCACCACCCACAUGAUGGUCACGGGUCACUUUCUCAAAGUCACCAGCUCUGCCUCCAAGAAAGGCAAGCAGCUGGUGUUGGACCCACUGGCAGUGGAGAAAAUGCAGUCGCUGUCCGAGACCCCCAACGGCGAGUCUCUGGGCGCUAAGCCGUCAAGUAACUCUGCCUCUGACUGCGCAGCCUCUAGCACCGAGUUAAAGAAAGAGAGCAAGAAGGAGAAGGCGGAGGAGACCAACGAAGACGAGCAAGGGGCAAAAGGCGAGGAAUACGAAGACCCUCUACGGAAACCUCUCGACCCCACCUUAAAAUACCAGUAUCUGAGAGAGGAGGAUUUGGAAGAUGGCUCAAAGGGUGGAGGGGACAUCUUAAAGUCACUGGAAAAUACUGUAACCACGGCCAUCAACAAGGCCCAAAACGGUGCUCCCAGCUGGAGCGCAUACCCGAGUAUCCACGCAGCCUACCAGCUGUCAGAGGGUGCCAAGCCACCCAUGGCAAUGGGCUCUCAGAUACUGCAAAUCAGACCCAACCUCGCCAACAAGCUAAGGCCCAUCGCACCCAAGUGGAAAGUCAUGCCGCUUGGCCCUGUGCCCACAAACCUGGCCCUGUACACUCAAGUUAAGAAGGAGACAGAAGACAAAGACGAAGUCGGAAAGGAGUGCGGGAAGGAAAGUCCCCAUGAAGAGGCAACAUCUCUCAGCCAGUCUGAGGGGGAGUCUUUCUCCAAAAUUGAAACACCCUCAGAAUCCAGAAAGGCUGAGCCCUGUCCCCCGAAGGAGGGAGAGAAGCUGCCGAAAGAGAAACCAGAGCCGUUAGAACCUGUAUCUUCUCUGAGCAACGGGUGCGCACCGGCUAACCACACCCCGGCCCUGCCUUGCAUCAACCCGCUCAGCGCGCUGCAGUCGGUCCUCAACAACCACCUAGGUAAAGCUACUGAGCCUUUGCGCUCUCCUUCCGGCUCCAGCCCCAACUCAAGCACAAUCUCUAUGUUCCACAAGUCUAGUCUCAGCGCAGUGGACAAACCGGUCCUAAGCCCCUCCUCCACCAGGCCGGCCAGCGGAUCCCGACACUACCUGUUUGAGAACAGUGACCAGCCCAUUGACCUGACCAAAUCCAAAAGCAAGAGGGCCGAGUCCUCGCAAGCACAAUCCUGCACGUCCCCACCUCAGAAGCAUGCUCUCUGUGACAUUGCCGAUAUGGUCAAGGUCCUCCCCAAAGCCACCACCCCCAAGCCAGCUGCUCCCUCGAGGGUCCCGCCCAUGAAGCUGGAAAUGGAUGUCAGGCGAUUCGAGGAUGUUUCUGGCGAAGUCUCGACUUUGCACAAGAGGAAGGGCAGGCAGUCCAACUGGAACCCCCAGCACCUGCUCAUCCUGCAGGCGCAGUUCGCCUCGAGCCUCUUCCAGACAUCGGAGGGCAAAUAUCUGCUCUCUGACCUGGGCCCACAAGAGCGGAUGCAAAUCUCAAAGUUCACGGGACUCUCGAUGACCACAAUCAGCCACUGGCUGGCCAAUGUCAAGUACCAGCUUAGGAAAACAGGGGGGACAAAAUUCCUGAAAAACAUGGACAAAGGGCACCCCAUCUUUUACUGCAGUGACUGUGCCUCCCAGUUCAGAACCCCCUCUACUUACAUCAGCCACUUAGAGUCUCACCUGGGCUUCCAAAUGAAGGACAUGACGCGGAUGGCGGCUGACCAGCCAAGCAAGGCGGAGCAGGAGGUCUCCCGGGUGUCGUCGGCUCAUCAGAGAUCUCCGGAAACAAUAGCCGGUGAAGAGGACACAGACUCUAAAUUCAAGUGUAAGUUGUGCAGUCGGACAUUUGUGAGCAAACACGCAGUAAAACUCCACCUAAGCAAAACGCACAGCAAGUCACCCGAGCACCAUUCUCAGUUUGUAACAGACGUGGAUGAAGAAUAGUUCCGCAGGUACGGGUUUGCUCCUAGGUGAUGGUGACCAUGGCCUUGUGAGGAGCAUGCUCAGAGGAGAUGGGUCUGCUCAGAGGCAGAGGGUGUCCCCCGAGGCCACGCAGGACCGUAGUUUGCUGGCAUAGACUUAAUUUUUUACAAAAGACAGAACAUGAGUGGGUCCCAGGCAUUCCCCCCAUGUCCUUCAGGUCAGUGGGGAAGUAGAUAGAAUGCGUCUGAGAGAGGUGAGGCUCGUGUUUGCUUACAGAGCUGUGGGACACACGAUUCCCUUAGCAUCCUAAGGCCCGACCUCCGAGAGGACUAGAUUCCAUUCUGCCGUCUGCCUUCUCACGGCAAUGCUAAUAGAGAGAGGAGAGGUGAGCACUCAAGUGAAGAUGGAGGACUUAUUAGGGCCCAUCACAUACAGAGAUAGCUUACUCAGUUCACGAAUGGCUUAAUGUUAUCUCUAUGGUCCUUGCAGGGAAUACAUUCUAUAGCUAACUUCUAGCAAUGGUACCUUUCCUCUCCUUGCCUGUUUCUUUCCCACAUUCAUUUUCCUACAGAAGAGCAGGUGCCCCUUAAGGGGAAGCGUUGGGAUGCACUGUUCUCUAUGGAACAGGGAGAUGAGGAUGGAGGAGGCUUUUGUUCCCCUCUCGCCUUUUGGUUUUCUUUAGGAUAAACUCGGGGUCGAGUCCACCAUUAACAGACAGAUGCAAAGCAUCCCUGAGUCUUUAUUUUGUGUAUAGAGAUGGAUAGCUUGUAACCCGCUUAUGGUUAAGGACAUCGGAUCCAUCCCACAGCUUCAAGGUCAUUUUUUUUAUUGAGCUAGAGGGGCAGUUAGGUAGCAAAACACUUGCCCAGCGUGCCUAAGGUCCUGGGUUCAAGUCCCAGUGCCGAAACAAAAAGAAUUUGUACCGUAUAUCAUAGAAGUUCAGGUCUUGUAUAGUUACCAGUAACCAAGUUACUUAUGUCACCUCCAGGAGAAAGGACAGAGACCAAAGGCAGAUGCCUUAGCAGAUCAGUCCCAUAGGCUGUUUCCAAAUGUUGAGCAUAAGCAAGGUUGGAUGUCAACAACCCGCCCUCAUGGGACUCCUAAGCUUUCUUUUCUCUACCCUCCAGCAUGACACUCCCACACUCUAAGGACCCCAAUACAUAUUUAGAUUGACCUCUGCCUGGGGUUACACCCCAACACGAGGACCCAACAUAAACGAAAGCUUCUGCUUUUUCCAGCCCAGCUUAUAUCCCACAGCAUUGCUCUUAAUUCAUUCAUGGCAAAGUCUAGAAAGCUGGUAAUGGCCUACUGUAUCAGCAUCCCCCACCCCCUAGUCUCAAAGCAUUUACUUUACUGGGGGGGGGGGGGUUGGCGUUCAGGUCAAGCUUUGCAAGUGUGAGCGGUAAGGGAGUUCCCAGUAGAGCAGGGUCCUUAUCCGGAAAGGCUCUGAAUGCACCGUCCAGGGGCAAAGAAGUUCUGAGUAUGAGGGCGGUUAAGACAAAAGACAAGGAAACACAUGCUUGACUUGAGACUCACCCUCCGGGUGGGCAUCCAUGCUUCUGAUUUGGGUGGGCUCCAGCAAAGGCCACCCCUGUUUUUUGCAUGCUUUUACCAUGAAAAUUAAAUGUUCCGGGCAGAUUCAUCUCCGGGUUUCCAAGCAUGAUUGUACGUCUUCCCUUACUGAAUGGAACGCUGUUCUGCAUCUGUCGAACCCACGCGUGAGCUCGGGGUUCUGCCUCACGCUAUUUAUUUGCCAUAUCACAUUUUAACUUUUUAUGUAAUUAGCCACUAUGCUCUUCUGGACCUUAAAAAGAAAAAAAGGUGGACAUACGUAAAGUAUCUAGAGACAAGAAGUGUGUUUCAGAUCUAACAACUGUGGGUCCGAACCACAGUGAAGAGAACGAACAGGUGAUGUUUAUUUUGUGCUAUAAUAAAGACCAAUUUUCCACCUGUUA